CUGACUUUGAUCUCAUCAUGUUUACUCACUUUAACCUGGCAGUACUGAUAGUUGUACUGACUCUUCAUGAUAAAGUUCACACUGGAGAAAUCAUCGGUGGCCAUGAGGCCGUGGCACACAGCAGGCCAUACAUGGUGCUUUUGGAGAUGCACAGACCAGGUGGUCAGAAAGCCCACUGUGAUGGCUUCCUUGUGAAUGAGCAUUUUGUGGUGACUGCUGCCCACUGCCAAGCUGAGUCCUACAGAGUCUUUCUGGGACUUCAUAAUUACAACAAGCAGAAUGACGUACAGCAUGUGAAUGUGCCUGGGGAAAAUGCAUUUCCACAGAAAGGCUAUGAUCAAGCUGAAUUCAAAAAUGACAUAAUGCUUCUGAAGUUGAGUACCAAGGCAGUGUUAAACAAGAAUGUGAAACCUAUUGAUCUCGCAGACCGUGAUGAUAGAUCGCUGCCAAAAUCAUGCAUAGUCUCUGGUUGGGGAAGUACAGAAAACAACAAACACCCAUCUCUCAAACUUUUGGAAGUCAAUGUAACCCUGGUUGAAAAUGAGAUGUGUGUUAAGGAAAAUAAGUACUGCUCAAAGGACAAGGGUGGCCCAGGUCAUGGAGACUCUGGUGGCCCAUUAGUCUGUGAAGAUGGAAAGGCAUACGGGGUGGUGUCCGCCAGCAAGCUAAACCCAGAUAAAUCAGCAAUUUAUAGUUACACUAAGAUACCUGACAACCGAGACUGGAUUGACUGCAUUAUGAAACAUAAUUAAGAUAAAAUAAACCAUGUAAAAUUUAGCUGAUCAAACCCCAGUAUUAGAAUUUGUGCUUGGGUUUAGCUUGAAAAAGAAGUGAUGCGAUACUGCGUUAAAAUUAGAUAAGUGAGUUGUUUU